AUGAUGGAAAGAAUAAGAAAAGAGAUGAUCCUGAUGGAGAGAGGGCUGCACAGCCCUACAGCUGGCAAAAGGCUCUCGAAUUUGUCAGACUCAGCUGGAAAUGCGGUGCUGGAGGCCCUUGAAAAUUCUCAGCACAGUGGUCGCCUCAGCCCGAGACUAACUUCCGCCUCCCUGCACAGCGCGAUAGGGGACAUCUCCGCCAAAGGCAAAUUCGAAAUAGACACUUUAUUCAAUCUUCAGCACCCGAGCAGCGAAAGCGCCGUCUCGUCCGAAAUCCCGCCGUCGGAAAGCAGGAAGAAAAUCAGCCUUUAUUCGGAAGUUGCUCAAGAGGCAGAUAUGAACAGUGAUGUGGAGGUGGGCUGCUCCGCACUCCGCUCCCCGGCCAGCCUGACUUCCUCCCAGCUGAAGGAAAACAGUAACAAAGGCUACGCGGAGAGCAGCCCCGCGCCCAGCGCACCCGCCGCCGCCGCCGCCACCCCCGCCGCCGGCCUGGGCAGCCUGCACAGCACCAGCGCGCUGGGCGGCUCGGCGGCGGGGGCCGACCAGGUGCGGCGGUACCGCACCGCCUUCACCCGCGAGCAGAUCGCCCGCCUGGAGAAGGAGUUUUACCGGGAGAACUACGUGUCGCGGCCGCGGCGCUGCGAGCUGGCUGCCGCCCUCAACCUUCCCGAGACCACCAUCAAGGUGUGGUUCCAGAACCGGCGCAUGAAGGACAAGCGGCAGCGCCUGGCCAUGUCGUGGCCCCACCCGGCCGACCCCAGCUUCUACACCUACAUGAUGACCCACGCGGCCGCCACGGGCAGCCUGCCCUACCCCUUCCACUCGCACGUCCCGCUCCACUACUACCCGCACGUCGGGGUCACCGCCGCCGCCGCCGCCGCCGCCGCCUCGGGCGCCGCCGCCGCCCCCUUCGCCACCUCCAUCCGCCCGCUGGACACCUUCCGCGCCCUCUCGCACCCCUACUCGCGCCCGGAGCUGCUCUGCAGCUUCCGACACCCCGGCCUCUACCAGGCGCCGGCCGCCGCCGCCGCCGGCCUCAACACUGGCUGCUGUGGCAACUGA